AUGAAGCGGCGGAAGAAUGAAUCUGAUGAGGCUUGGAAAGAAUGGCUCCAGAACCGCGCACAGCUACGAGACGACAGACUUCUUGCCUUCAAGCAACGCCUCGAGAAUCAAGAGACCAUUUUGACAGAUGCGAAUCUCAGAGGGCCAUUAAAUGUGACGUCUAAAUCUCAGAAACAGAUAGAGAUCAAGUCGCGGCGGAGUCGGAGAUUGAGAAGAGUGAGCAAAAAGCAAUAUCAAGAGAGUUCUCCAGAUGAUGACGGAGAAGGAGAGGUUGGAGAGGAGACUCUGAGCGAAGAUACCGAGGAAAAUGAAAUGGAUUCUUUCAAGAAAGAGGAAAUGAAUCGGAUAAUGAAGAACUGGGUGGAGGAUGAGGAGGAGGAUGAGGAUAAUCACUUUGGUCAUUCUACUCACGAGUAUUAUGUGACGAAGAAUACAACUCCAGCAACUAUCCUCGACUACGUUGAGGACGCUGAAGAUGAUCUUUAUAGUGCUUCAGAGUUGGAGGAUAGCGAAGAGGCUUUACUGGAGAUCGACGACGAGGAAUUGGCGGAUCUUUAG